CAAAAGUAUUCCAGCAAAGCAUGUGAAUACUGCAUGUAAUCAAGGACAAGAGUUUAUAAAUGAUAAAACCAGCGAUAGAAGUGGAUAUCUGAACACAGGGAGAGUUAAAAUGUCGACACAAAAAGCGUACGGGAAAGGGAGCGAGUUCCCGGCUCUACAACCCGGAAAGCUGCGGUUGUACAGUAUGAGAUUUUGUCCGUACGCUCAAAGGGCCCUUAUUCUACUGAUUCACAGAAAUAUAGAAUUUGAAGUAGUCAAUAUCAAUCUAAAGCAAAAGCCAGAAUGGUUUCUAGAAUUGGCCCCACUUGGCACAGUUCCAGUGAUUCAAAAAGAUGACAUUGUUGUGUACGACUCUCCUAUUGUAUGCCAAUAUCUCGAUGAAACUUACCCGGGUGAAAAGCUAACGCCAAUCGAUCCUUUGCAGAAAGCAAAAGAUGCCAUGUUGCUAGAAAAGUUUUCAAAGAAAAUCACAAAGCCUUUCUACCAGCUAAUCUACGUUGAGGAACCGGAAACCCCUACAGAACUGAUGUCCGGUCUCAACGUUCUGGAAGACGAGUUAAAAUUAAGGGGUCAGAAAUUCUUUGGAGGAGAACAACCAAUGAUGAUAGACUUUAUGAUCUGGCCUUUUCUGGACUUUAUAGUUGGUAUGGGACGGACCAGGAAGCCCUUGUCCAUUGAGCAAGAUCGCUUCCCGUGCCUGUCAGCUUGGAUAGAAAAUAUCACCUCUGUUCCAGCUGUUAAAGAAACUAUUUGCCCAGAAGAAAUCUUUAUGAAGGUGACAGAGGACAGGAAACAGGGAAAGGAAUAUUAUGAUGUUGGACUGGAAGACGAAUGAAAAAAAAGACGUUUAAUUAACCUUUUUAAUAAGUGCUUAGUCUGUUUUAUGUGGAAAGUACAAGUGUAGUCCAGACAGUACUACUGGCUUUAAAUCUUGGUGGCUUAGAAAACAUCGGUUUUUAAUCAUUAAUGAAAAUAAAAGUAUUACUUUUACAUUAA